AUGCAGUCCUUCUGCCUUCUCGGAACCAGUUCACAAGAACCAGAACCCUCCGUGUCUGUUGUCUCUGAAGUCCAACCAGGACCGCCUGUGAAGUUGCAGUGCUCAGUCCUCUCCCACUCUGGGAAUGAAAUCUGUCAGGAUGGACCCAAAGUGUCCUGGUUCAGAACUGGACCAGAAAGUGUCCAUCCCAGCUUUGUUUACACUCAUGACGAAUGCAAGAAGACCAAAGAUAAGUCCACACAGAAAUGUGUCCACACUUUCUCAAAGAACGUCAACUCCUCUGAUGCUAGAACUUACUUGUGUGCUGUGGUCACAUGUGGGAGGAUUUUCAUGGGAACUCCAAUAAAAGUCAACAACACCCAAGAUUCCAGCAGCUGUGAUUCAAACAACUAUUUGUUCUUUGUCUUGAGUGCUUCUUUGGUCUUAAACUUCAUCUUCUCAGCCUUCCUCAUCAAAAAGAGUAGAAACAAAAUCAUUUUUUGCUGCAAAGCUGGUCCACAAACACUCGAUGAAACGUUCAGUCACGUCCAGCAGGUAAAAGGAAAGAGACGAGGACUCUUUUGUUUAUUCCAUGCCGACCAUCGUCUCCAGGAAAACUGGCAGAGCGAGGCAGACAAAUACGAGGGCAGCAGAGGAAUUCAGCACCAUGUACAGGUGCUUACAACUUUUCCACUCAGACUCUUGGACCUGGACAAAGACAUGUUGAACGUGGAACAUCAAAUACUGGACAUCCCAUCACAGCCAAAAAAGAACAAGAAACAUUUGUUCUGCAAAUUAGUCACGCAGAGAAAAGUGAUCCGGCGAUCUACUACUGGAACAUUCCUUCAGGUCACAGAACCAGAACCCUUCGUGUCUGUUGUCUCUGAAGUCCAACCAGGACCGCCUGUGAAGUUGCAGUGCUCAGUCCUCUCCCACUCUGGGAAUGAAAUCUGUCAGGAUGGACCCAAAGUGUCCUGGUUCAGAACUGGACCAGAAAGUGUCCAUCCCAGCUUUGUUUACACUCAUGACGAAUGCAAGAAGAUCAAAGAUAAGUCCACACAGAAAUGUGUCCACACUUUCUCAAAGAACCUCAACUCCUCUGAUGCUGGAACUUACUUGUGUGCUGUGGUCACAUGUGGGAGGAUUUUCAUGGGAACUCCAAUAAAAGUCAACAACACCCAAGAUUCCAGCAGCUGUGAUUCCAACAACUAUUUGUUCUUUGUCUCGAGUGCUUCUUUGGUCUUAAACUUCCUCUUGUCAGCCUUCCUUAUCAAAAAGUGUAGGAAUAAAAUCAGUUUUUGCCGCAAAGCUGGUCCACAAACACUCGAUGAAAUGUUCAGUCACGUCCAGCAGAGAGACGAGGACUCUUUGGUUUAUUCCAUGCCAUCGUCUCCAGGAAAACUGACAAGGCGAGGCAGACAAAUACGAGGGCAGCAGAAGAAUUCAGCACGUACACUGACGUGUGUCAUCAUGACUCAAUCCUCACCACACAAAAUUAAAAAUGUGUUCUGAUA